AUGAAUAACUUUUGGACGGUUUCGUCUAUCCUCUUUAUCAUUCCUGUUUGUGCUUUUUGUGCGUUGGGUACUCCUCCCAAUUUGAGAGAUAUUUACAUCGGCAAAUGUUACGAAUAUGUUGAAGUAGUUAAAAAAGACGCCUUUUACAGACCCGAGGAGGUGGACUGUGAAAAGCUGUAUGAUCUUUUUCUGGAGGCAUUUGUUGGAAGAGAUCCGUGUGAUGUUCCACCAGAAAGAUACAGAGCUUAUGUAGAUGCGUCUGCUCAUGAGAUGACUAUUCAUAAUAGAGCUCUUUUAGCCACUGGAAAUACGAAGCCGUUUAUUUAUCAGAUAGCAAACAUGGGUUUAAGGUAUUUUACAAUGGUUGACACUUUGACCGUUUAUCCUGUAAAUGAAUUUGUUUGGUGUGGUAAGAAGAACUCGGAUGAAUUAAAUACAGAAAGUUGUCCCGACUACGGAUUUUGUGUUAACCUGUCUUAUGUUACUUUAUACUCCGAGCUCUCAAGAAAGCACGUUCGCCAGAUGUCAGGCACGUUGCACGUCCUCUUCAAUGGCAGUUCUAGACCAAUGUUUUCUUUUCGCAGCUACCUGGUUCAACACGAAUUGAUCCAUAUUAAUAAGACAAAGGUGAAGAAGAUACUUGCUCAUGUUCUCAACAUUCCUCCUCAUUCAGAGGCUGGCAAAUCGAACGAGGGGGAGACAUGUCAAAGUUUGCUUGCUUUCAGGGAAUACGUUGAAAAAGAAGGCAUGCAGUAUGAGUGCAGAGAGAAUGAAAAGUUGGUCUUCCCGAUGUGA